AUGGAGGAUCAGCCGCCCCUCACAUCACCGGUUGCAGGAGGUCAUGGACCCAUGCCAGAGCGGUGUCCCAGUCCUGAAUAUUCACCCCAUAUUAAGGAAGAAAACACUUUUCAGGGAUUUCCGCUGGAGGACGGUCUGAACAUUAUAGUUGUGCCAAAAGCCGAGGAGGAAGAGGAUUACAUAGACGAGGCUUACCUAAUGAGAAUCAAAGAGGAGGAAAGCCCUGUAGAGAUUGCUUCAAACUACCAAACUUGUGACAUGUCCCAGAAUCCCCAGAUCGAUCACGUCGGCUCGCCGGGCAGCCGCAAGCAGUACAUCUGUCAGGACUGCGGCAAGGCCUUCACCCGCCUCUCCCACUUCAUCAUUCACCGUCGGAUCCACUCGGGCGAGAAGCCCUUUGAGUGCUCUGAGUGUGGCAAGAGCUUCUCCUGCAACUCGUACCUGGUGAAGCACCUGCGGAGCCACACCGGCGAACGGCCGUACUGCUGUGGUGAAUGCGGCAAGCAGUUCAACCAGAGCUCCAACCUCUUCAAGCACCAGAAGACCCACACCGGCGGCCACAAGCCUUACGUGUGCGACCUGUGCGGCAAGUCUUUCACACAGAAAUCCCACCUGGUCAUCCACCAGAUCGUCCACACGGGGGGAGAAACGAUUCGCCUGCUCGGAGUGCGGCAAGUGCUUCAGCAAUAACGCCCGGCUGGUGGCGCACGUGCGGGUGCACACGGGGGAGAAGCCGUUCGGCUGCCCGCUGUGCGACAAGCGCUUCACACAGAAGUCGCACCUGGCCAAGCAUCACAUCGUCCACACCGGGGAGAAACCGUUCAGCUGCAGCCUUUGCGGGAAAAGCUUCAUCAGCAACAGCCACCUGGUCAUACACCAGCGCUCCCAUUCCGGGGAGAAGCCGUACUCAUGCAUGCAGUGCGAUAAGCGCUUUACGCAGAAGUCCGACCUGGUUCGCCACGAGAAGAUCCACGCCGGCGACCGGCCCUUCGCCUGCCCCACGUGCGGGAAGAGAUUCCUGUGCAAGGCCUACCUUGCCCAGCAUGAGAGAAUCCAUGUGGGCAAGGACACGUGA